CAACACUACUAUAUAACAAAUAAUUUGAGGGAUGGCAACAUCAAAAUUGUCAAGAACUCUCCUCCGUUGUCACAGCACUGCUGCUGCUGCCAUAGCUUACAACAGCAAGAAUGUGCCGAUUGAGCAAACAAAGCUGUUCAUCAAUAAUGAGUUUGUGGAGGCAGCAAGUGGAAAAAGGCUAGAAGUUAUCAAUCCAUCUACUGGAGACACUAUCUGCGAUGUUGCAGAAGCUGACAAAGCUGAUGUUGAUAUUGCCGUGGCAGCUGCCAGGUCAGCUUUUAACUAUGGAUCUGAAUGGAGGACAAUGAAUGCAAGUAAUCGUGGCAGGCUGAUGUACAAAUGGGCGGAUGCUAUUGAACGAGAUAUACAUUACAUAGCUGCUCUAGAAACUCUAGAUAACGGCAAACCUUUCGACGAUUCACUUCAUGUUGACAUUCCUCUUGUUAUCAACACUCUGAGGUACUAUGCUGGAUGGGCAGACAAGGUUCACGGGAAGACAAUUCCUUCUGAUGGAGGCACCUUUGUGUACACUCGACACGAGCCUGUGGGUGUGGUUGGUGGUAUUACCCCCUGGAACUUCCCUCUUGCUAUGUUCGCUUGGAAGAUAGCUCCUAUCCUAGCUUGUGGGAACACGUGUGUUAUGAAGGUGGCUGAACAGACCCCGCUCACUGCUCUCUACUGCGCUAAACUUGCUAAAGAGGUUGGAUUUCCCGAUGGAGUGAUCAACAUUUUAUCUGGCUACGGGCCAACUGCUGGUGGUGCUAUUGCCAGUCACAUGGAUAUCGAAAAGGUCGGCUUCACUGGCUCAACAGAGGUAGGGAAGAUAAUCCAAAUGGAAUCUGCAAAGUCCAACCUGAAACGUGUCACCCUAGAACUCGGGGGAAAGUCUCCUAAUAUUGUCUUUGACGACUGUGAUCUGGAUCAAGCAGUUGCAGCUUCACACAUGGCUGUGUUCUUUAAUGUUGGCCAAUGCUGCUGUGCUGGUACACGCCUCUACGUACAAGAGACAAUGUAUGAGAAGUUUGUUGAAAAGAUGGUUGAGAAGGCUCAGAACCGUAUCCUGGGAGACCCUUACGAUCCCAAAACUAAUCACGGUCCUCAGAUCGACGGAGAACAGCUGAACAAGAUCCUGGGACUGGUGGACUCAGGUGUGAAACAGGGCGCCAGUUUGCAGACCGGUGGGGCACAGUUCGGUGAUAAGGGCUUCUUCAUGCAGCCCACUGUAUUUGCGGAUGUGCAGGACCACAUGGAUAUCUCUACUCAAGAGAUAUUCGGACCAGUUAUGCAGAUAAGUUCAUUCAAGGAUGAAGAAGAGAUAAUUGAGCGAGCGAACAAUACUAACUUUGGCCUGGCAGCUGCUGUAUUUACCAAGAACCUUGAUAGGAUGUACCAUAUCAGUACAGCACUUAAAGCCGGAACUGUUUGGGGCAACUGCUACAAUGUGCUCGUUCCUCAGUCACCGUUUGGUGGUUUCAAGGAAUCUGGAUUUGGACGUGACCUGGGAGAAUAUGCUCUGAACCACUACACUGAAGUCAAGUGUGUUACUCUGGCGGUCCCGCAGAAGAAUUCUUAAUCUAUAUAUCUUGAUAGAAAUGAACACAUGCAUGCUGACUUAUAUUACUAUUAAGUUACAUUGGUUUUUUAAACCGAUAUAUAAUAAAGAAAACUUAUAGUUUUCAGAUAACCCAAUUGAAGAGUGCAUGAUUAACCUCAUAGUUAAGCGUGCUGAAAACUAAUUUCAAAGCUUAUAUUAUAUCAAUCAAUUUUAAUCUUCAUCAAACAAUCUUGCAGUAUACAAGGUUUUUUAACGAUCCAU